ACAGGGAAGGCAUUCGCAGCCAGUUAGUAGAAAGCUCCUGGAGUAUGCAGGUAGACAGACGCCCUAGCGUAGUACAGUGCGUUGGCAUUUUAAUCAAUACUACCAGAAUCAGGCGAACAGGAACAGAUGGUCAAGGUAGGUGAGGAAAUCACCGUGAUUACAAACUGAGAUAGGGGUGACCAUGGUGGUGUGCUGACGACACGUACCAUGAUGAAAUGUGGCGAGGCUGGCCCCUGUAUGCCACUUCAGCAGGAGACAACGAUGAGGGAGAAGAGGAGGACGAAGACGGGAACGCGGACGACUUCCCACCAGAUUCUGAGGAGGAAGAGGAGGUGGAGGAGGUGCGUUCCGUGUGUAGUUGAAGCUGAGCGGGAGGAAGGGCGGAGAGUGACAGGGACCGCCGCGAGGGGGGCAGACGAGCGGAGGAGCACUGCGCCGGGAAAGACGUGGAAGAGGAGAGCGUCAGAGCUGCUGUGGAUGAUGAGCCCACCGCGUUGUUUCUUGGUUCGUCUGCCGCCGCCGCCGCUGCCACCGUCGCCACCGCCGCCGCUGCCACCGCCGCCACUGCCGCCGCCGUAGAUGAAGGCACGUCGUCGUUGUCGUCGCCGUCGCCGCCACCAACGGGGAAACCGGGGAUGAUUGAGACGUUCACGGAGAGGUUUGGCCGCCGCGAUCGGUGGCGGGUUUGGCGCGAGUGCAGCAUGAUCAUGAUGGUUGGCUCAGCGGCGCGCUGAGGCUCAGAUCCACUCUUGAGGCGGAAGACGAAGAGGAAGAGGGCUCCUCACCGGGCCCCUCGCUUAGUAGGCUUCUUGGGCUCAAAACAACAGCCUUUCCGCCAACGCCGCCCAAAGAAACCGAGUUAAGUUCGUAGGAGGAAAGGCGGAGGAUGAUGAGGGGAAGGGCGCCUUACUGGGGUCACGUUGGUUAUGCUAGCAACACGGUGUUGCGCCCAGCCGAGAAGAAAUGACACCCUGGGGGUGCUGGUGCUAAGCGAUUUGCUCCUAGAAAGGUGAUGAGUUCAACUCAGGCUGGAUCAGGUUCAGGUUGUGCUUGCAACUGUCCGUGCUGAAAUAGAAAUCGGCUGUCUCGAGUCUCCGACUCCUCAUUUGAAGCGACUGUACUGGGCCAAAUUUGUUCCCUCCAACUAAUCUGCGAUACAGUAUCG